AUGGGUGCUGCAAUCUCUGUUGUAACCUCAAACGACGCCGUUGAGGUCGCCAAUGCCAUCUUUAAUGGGCCUGGAGUUUCGGUAGUCGGCGCAACGCUCGAGACGAGCUACUUCGAGGAGGCUAUCACUGGUGACCGAGGCAGCGCUGGCACGUUCACCAGAGGGCCUUUUGGCAUAGGCUCUGGAGGGAUUCUGACAAGUGGCUGGUCUAGGGACGCAGAAGAUGGGAGCGCUGGUACAGGGAACCGAGUCACGAAUGUGGAAGGAUCGUUCUACUGCGGUUCAGGCUCCUCAAGAGAUGGUGCUGUCCUUGUAGUUGAUAUCGUUGUCGACACAGGGUAUAAUGGAUUGUCAGUAGAAUUUGUGAUUGGUACCGAUGAGGAUCUACAGGGAAAUGCGGACCCAGUAGGAAUUUACCUGAACAAUGUUCAAUACGCUCUCGAUACAUCAGGGAACAGAAUCACUGUCAAUUCUGAGUAUCUUCAGCAACCGAUUGGCAUAAAAGAGAAUGGUCCAUUCACUUCGACAACGUACGCUCAUUCAUCACCACCCCUCCUCAUGGGCCUUCCAGUUGCACCGGGUCAACAUCAAAUGAUCUUCGCCGUCUGCGACUUGAACAACGGACAAAAGGAUUCUGCUCUUAUGGUCAAGGCUGGGGCAUGCGUUGACUGUGUCCAUGACAUCGAACUCAAUUAUGUCACAACUACCACCACAGUCGGACCAACACCUUUUGUUUCUACUAUCAAGCCUUCUAUAACUAUGUCGGGCACCGUCGUUUAUGGUGUUCCGGAGGAUGCGACGACAACAUUGGGAGAAAUAACUACCACAAGCGAAGAGGUUUUUAGCACUUCAACAGCAGAUGUGACUUCAUACAGUGAAGAACCUACUAGCACUACCGACGUUAUAUCUACAUCUGAGGUAUCGACCGCUACCGAGACGGCUACAACCGCAGAUACCUUGUCUACAUCUACUGAAGCAUCUACGACAAUUGAAGAACCCACAACCACUGAGGAAGCCACGACUACUGAGAAACCUACUACCACUCAGGAACCUACAUCUACUGAGGAAUCUACAUUCACUGAAGCAUCCACAACCACAAAGGAACACACGACAACUGACUCAUCUACGUCAACUGAAGCGUCAGGUCAUGAUCCCACAAAGACUGGCGAUUCCUCGACCGCGACUGACUACACCACUACCACCAUCGUCACCUCAGGCCAAGGCAGUGAGACUUCCUCUGCCGUAGAAUCUGACACGACCACUGCGAUAGUGACUACAGGAGCUGCGACAACUUCCACAGAUAUUUCAGCAUCUCCAGUCUCUACAUCAAUGGGGACGAAUGUCAGCAGCGACAUACCGUUGACAACUCUUGCUGCUACAACCUCUCAUAGCCAGGAGACAAUCUCGACUGCCUCAACUUUCACUACUAGGAGGAGGCCGUGUCGCCCAUGA